UUGACAACCACAUGCCGCUGGAAUUCGUAAACAAUCGAUUGUUGUUUGUGCUGAGUUUGUUGAAGAUAAUUUGAUUUGAAAUCAUUUAUAAAACAUCCACAAUGGCAAAUGUCCUUUUAAGUGAAGCGGAAAAAACAUAUAUUCUGCAUGGUAUACAGAAAAACAUGAGGAACGAUGGGCGAACGAAUCGCGACUAUCGGCCGAUGGAACUCGAAUCAGAGAUAGUCGUCCAUGCAGCCGGAUCCGCGAGACUGCGUCUGGCUAACACGGACAUACUGGUAGGAGUAAAGGCAGAAAUUGAUACGCCUAAUCCUGAUCGACCCAACGAGGGAAAGGUGGACUUUUUCAUCGAUUGCUCGGCAAACGCAACUCCUGAAUUCGAAGGCCGAGGUGGUGAACAACUAGCGACGGAAAUUUCGAACACCCUGUCCAAAGCAUACGAAUCUCAAAAGGGGUUCGAUUUGGCUGGCCUGUGCAUUAUGGCGGGCCACCAAUGCUGGAAACUGUACGUCGAUGUGUUGAUUCUAGAGUGUGGUGGAAAUUUAUUCGACGCCGUCUCGCUAGCCGUGAAGGGCGCAUUGUUCAAUACUAGGAUACCGCGUGUUUCAACAGCAAUGCAUGAUGGCGGCUCGAUGGACUUGAUUCUGACCGACGAUCCGUACGACUGUGAGCGAUUAGACGUUACGACUGCGCCCAUCCUAGUAACGGUGUGCAAGAUCGGAGACCAGUGCGUCGUGGAUCCGUCGGCCGAAGAGGAAGAAUGUAGCGUAGCAAGCGUAGCGGUGGGGGUUUCCUGCCGCCCUGAUGGGAAUACAACCACCAAACAGUCCAUAACUACGGUGCGUACCUCCGGGGAAGGAUCAAUACGCUUGGAAACGCUGAAAAAGUGCUUCGACACGGCAACCACCGUAGGCGCCUCCCUCAACAAAGCAUUGAUGAAAGCACUGCAUGAGGAUGAAACUAGAAAUUCGAAGGGAUUGGGCAAGCGUGAAAUUUACGGGUUUUUGAAAUAAAUCUUUGCAACGAAGAAAA